CGUUCCCGGGGUGAGUGACGCGGCGCUAGGCGACGGCUUUACCAUGAACCGCACUGUGACGUCCCCGGCGUACGGAGGGGUGGGCACGGAACCCAGCUUGGUCACGCCCCCUUAUAAUGGCACCCGGGGGGCGGAGCAUGGAGGAACAGCGGGCACCUGGCUGCUCUCUCUCGGCAUCAUCACUGUGAUUGGACUGGCCGUGGUGAUGAGAGAUGUAGGCAAGUGGCAGCAGUCUGGCCUGGGGGCACUGCUGGAGAAGCUUCGCCACCAGUUGAUGCCGAUGUACAACUUUGACCCGGCGGAGGAGCAGGAAGACCUGGAACAGGAGCUGCUGGAGCCGAACCGAGACCUCCAGCCUCAAGGAAAGGUCCUGUUGACGAGCCUGUGCCCGCUGCAGAGACCCACCCGGCUGGUCUUCACCGACGUUGCCAAUUCCAUCAAUGCCUGAGGAGGUUUCCUGCGCGGCGACACCGGAGACCGCCGAACACUGUGACUCUGCGUGCUGUUCGUGCCG